GCCUACUCCUUCGCUCUUGUUCUCAUCAGAGGAGUGACGCUCAGAUCGACCCCCGCCUGUCUUACUCCCUUCUCCCUUGGGAAUCGCUUAAUUUCUUGCUACCCAGACACCUCCACCGAUGGCCGAUCAGCUCACCGACGACCAGAUCUCCGAGUUCAAGGAGGCCUUCAGCCUCUUCGACAAGGACGGAGAUGGUUGUAUCACAACCAAGGAACUUGGCACUGUGAUGCGAUCGCUUGGCCAGAACCCGACAGAGGCGGAACUUCAAGAUAUGAUAAAUGAGGUUGAUGCUGAUGGAAAUGGUACCAUUGAUUUCCCAGAGUUUCUCAACCUGAUGGCCCGAAAGAUGAAAGAUACUGAUUCUGAGGAGGAGCUCAAGGAAGCUUUCCGUGUUUUUGACAAGGAUCAGAAUGGUUUUAUUUCUGCGGCUGAGCUCCGCCACGUCAUGACAAAUCUUGGCGAGAAGUUGACAGAUGAAGAAGUUGAUGAGAUGAUUCGUGAAGCUGAUGUUGAUGGUGAUGGGCAGAUCAACUAUGAGGAAUUCGUCAAAGUCAUGAUGGCCAAAAUGAGAAGGAAAAGGAUGGAACAGAAUCAUGGCAAAAGCGGGGGAAAAGAGAAUCGCCAAUACAAGAAACGUCGUACCAGAGAUCGAGUUCGAGAAUGUUCCAUCCUCUGAAUGAGAUUCCACCUCCUCCUAAAAGUAAGUGACUGGAAUAUCUAUUAUGUAAUAAUAAUGGAAAUCAGAUGAUAAUGAAUCGUUGCCUUGUAGCAAAAUAUGCAGCAGAUAAAAACAGAAAUGACCAUGAUCAAAUAAUUGAGUGUGAUACGGUCAUGACAAGUAAUGAUUGAUGAAUGAUUUGUCUAUAAAUUCGAAUUACUAGUAUGUGUC